AUGACUAAUCAUAUAAGUAAUACUACAGUAAAUAAUACAGCAAAUAAAUUCUCUGCUCCAGUGGUGCAGAGCAGGCUCGAACACCACCACCUUCAACAAUUAAAAAAUCCGGAAACGAGACAUCAAUCUCACAACCGGUCAAAGUCUUUAAACAGGGGGAAACGCGGUUUUUCGUAUAAUCAACAACAAAUAAGAGAGACAUCUGUAAAUGUAACCUCCGUGUCAUCAUCAUCUACCGCGAAUACUACCAGCACCCCCGCCGCCGAUAUUAGCAUCAACCUUCGUCAUUCCAACAACAAAACCUUUUCAAACUACAGCAAUAAUCGCGUCGAUAAUUUUGAUUCGUAUCAUAGAGAACCAAAAAAUGUUGAUGGUUUAGUUGAGAAUGGUUCUGUCGGUCAAUUACAAAGAAAAUCAAGUACUUCAAGUAGACCCUUAAGAAGACAUCAGCACAGCGACUCGGUCGACGAAGAUAAACUUAGAGUUACACCUAGUGUUUCGAUCCUCAAGAGACCUCAAUCCGCUACGGACUUUGUAAAAUCUUCGAAAGCGACUAUUACUCUCGAUGUAACUCAAGAGCAACGCUAUGGAAAGGCGUUUGAGAAUGCUAGCCCACCUCAACCAAUUACCAUCAAACAACUUUCAGGUUCGGGCGAUGAAUCUGAUGUAAAUAGUACAAACAAUGCCGCCGUCAUUUUCCCCCCUCUUAAUUAUUCUAACGCUAUUAUUGCACUUGAGGAAGGGAUGAAUAGUAACAAGAGAGAGGUCGUUUGCUCGAAUUCCGAUGACAACGUUUCUGUUAAGAGUCAUUUGGAUAGACCUAUAGAUAAAGAAUACAAGAGACUCUCAGAUAAUCAUGUUGAUUCUGCUCCAAGCCGUCGUCUUUCCAGCACUGCCAUCGAAUUGCAAAGUCAAGUUUCUCGCUUCUCUGACUCUGAUUCAGUCAUUCCACCGUCCGAAUCAAUCUUGUCGUCAACCCCUCCAUCUGCCCGUAGACUUUCAAGUUCCCCAAGUAGACUUGGUGGCGUUCAUAAACUUUACGCCGGUCCCACCUUUCACAAUUCACCCGCCCCAAGUGAUUUACCAAUGCCUUCAUUUUACAGUAAAUCUUUGGGUAAGGACCCAAGUCCUUUGUCGGUUGGUGGUAACAACUUGUUUACCGUUCCCGAAAAUAUGCCAUCCCCACCUAGAGUUUACAAUGACUCGUACUCUUCACCAUCAUCGGGUAAUGCUUCCGACGACGACAUCUUUGCCAUGGAUGACUUUGAACCAUCGAGUGCACCUUAUUAUCCAGAAACUCCUACUUUGAGAAAACAAAAAUCGCAAGAACUUUUGCGUAUUUUGGCAGCUGCCAAUGCCCGUCAACAUCAAACCGCAGCAGCGUACAUGGUUCCUGAACGUAUGGCUACUGCUCAUCAUCCAAUGAAAGUUUAUCCUGCAAAUAAUGGUUUCAAUUUGAAUGAAAUUUCUGAAACUUUAAGGAGUUUGUUGAAAAUUCAUGGGCAAUAA